AUGUCUGAUAUACUAUUAGAAAUCUUCCCUCUAGAGGUUAUAGAUGUCAUCCUCCUCUUCAUGCCCAAGAAUGCAUUGACAUCUUUCUAUAACAUUCUACCUGAAGGUUCAAUACUUGUGCCGGUGGUCAUUUCCAGAUUGUACAAGAAGACGGUUGUGAGUGAAUUGGAUGAGUUAGUCAAAGCAGCUACUCUAGCUACUCACAUUGAUAAGUUGAGUUUCACAGGUAAGAAUGAACUUGUCAUGUUCUUGAAAGAGAACCCUUCCUUUAUUUCAAAAGUCUCUUUCGUUGACAUAAAGGCUUGGGAUGAAGCUGAGUACUCGAUUCUCAAAGACAUUCAAUUCAAGCGAUAUUCUCUCGAACUUAGAGGGCUAGAAUCGUUUGACACCUCAUUGAUUCCUCAAAACUUAGAAAAGAUAAUCCUCCAAUUCAAUUAUGAUCACACGCUAAAACCUAUCAAAGAAUGGCCAAGAUCAUUGUCCAAAUUAACAAUUUGCAACCAUCAACUGUUACAUCUCAUAGAGCUUCCAAAUACUCUAGAAGAAUUAUCCUGCCAUGGAGUGAAAGAAAUGUGGCACAGUUUCCCUCCUAAACUUCAGAAACUAACUAUUGAAUGUUCAAAUUGGGUCCCUUCAAACGAAUUGGAGUUUCCAGAUUCUCUCAGAGAGUUGCUGAUCGCAUACUGUCGGCUACCAACAGUCAAGAAGAUAGUGAGCAAAUUACCUAUGAAAUUGAGGAUGUUGAGAUUGGGAGAAAAUAUUGGUAGCAAGUUAUCAUUUCUCAGAUUUCCGGAUUCAAUCGAGAGUCUACACCUUGAACAAUGUGGAAUUGAAACUCUUGAGGGCUUCAUGUUUCCUAAGUCUCUCAGAGAGCUCACUUUGGAUUACAAUAGGAUCUUGAACAUGCAAAAUUUGAAUUAUCCAGAAUCUCUCGUUAUCCUUCGAUUAAGUUGCAACGUUAUUGAGAAUUUGGAUUGCUUCGAUUUUCCUCGUCUGCUUCGAGAACUUUAUAUUUCGGAGAAUGGACUUGUCAGUUUAGAUGGAAUAGCGUUUCCCGAGUUGGAAGUUCUUGAUGUAUCAGACACACUUAGAGAAAAGACCAUCACUAGUUUGAAGAAUGCUAAGUUACCUUCCACUCUCAAAGUUUUGAGGGCUAGCGGACAUGAUGUGAAAGACUGGUGGCAGACGGAACUUCCCGAUGGCUUAGAAGUGUUGGAGAUGAAGGAUCGAUUUCACCCAGAGAGAAUAAGAUUUCCACCCAGUUUGGAACAGCUCACACUCGAGUUACUCAGCUCACGAAAAUUCAACGUGUCCCAACUCAAUCUCCCGCAAUCACUUCAAACGCUUGAAAUAUUGAACGGAAGAAGUGAUGAGAGCUUUGUGUGGAAACUUGCAGAAGAUGGUAUUGAUUGA